CCAUGGCGGGCGCAGUCCCUGCUCCAACCACUCCUCAGCCCUUAUCCGCCAUACCGGCUUCCUUGCUCCGUUAUAUAAAGCGCACUCGCCGGGGAGGAGAAGGCACGGCAGCCUCCUGCUCGCCUCCUAUUCCUCCUCUGCUCUUCUUCAUCAUCUUCUUUUUCCCAUCCGCCCUCCCUUUCUGGUAAGACUCGGGCGGUUUCUUGCUCCAUCGAAGUGUAGUGAUGCAUGCUCGUAGCCGUCGCCGUCGCCGUAAUUGCACUUGCACGAACACGCGUGCGCUGCCUGCCCUCAUGCUGAUGGCAUGCAGCGCUUGUCUGGGGGCGCACUCUGCGCUGGAGUUGGAAGUCUCGGAGGGGGGCCGGCCGUUCACGCGUGUUGGGCUUUUGGAAAGGAGGGAGAUGGUGGCUUUGUGUGAGGGAUGGGGUUCCAAUCGGUUGCAACAAACCCAUUGAAUUUUGCUCGCCUUUUUCCUCAUAGGAGCCGUGCUCUCUGAGCCUCUGAAACGCACGGUGUAGUUGCUUCAUAUAAACCCAGGCCCCCUUGUGCUGUUCUUGCCGGGCUCACACAUUUUGUGGCACGGCAAGGGCGCCAUCUCCUCUGCUUUUGGCGACUGAUUGGUUCGUUCUCAUGGCUCUAGCUCCCUUCUUCAUCCUUGGUUUCUCUGCCAUGAAGCAGCAGCAGCAGCAGUAGUGCCUUGCAAGCAAAUAGUUUGAUGUUAGCGUGCUGGUUUUUCCUUCAUUGCACACUAAUCACUCCUGACUUUUGGCCUUUAGUCUUUACUAAUACGCACAAGCCUUCUUCAUCCUUGGUUUCUCUGCCAUGAAGCAGCAGCAGCAGCAGCAGUGCCUUGCAAGCAAAUAGUUUGAUAUUAGCGUGCUGGUUUUUCUUUCAUUGCACACUAAUCUCUCCUGCCUUUUGGCCUUUAGUCUUUACUAAUACGCACAAGCUUUUGUUAGAUUGUUUUUUUUUUUGCUGUGGCCAGAUUUCUGUUCAGCCAGCUGGUACUGUAGUGUGUAGUGUUAUGAAUUUACAGAGACUGCUGCAAGAAAAUCUAGUCUCCCGCAUGCUAGUUUAAUUCCCUUUGUGUUUUAUUAAACCAUGCUGCUCUGUCAGCAAAACACUAGUUAAAACUAAUGCUACCAUCGAGUCCCAUCAUGUGGGCGUCCAAAAAAAAAGUCCCAUCAUGCGGUUUCUCAGAGCGCCUAUUGCUUUCGCAACGGCAUGGAUAGAAAAGGGCAGGCACCUUGAUCCUGAUGGCCUACCACUUAAUUAUUUGUUAAUUUCUCGUCCAUAAUCUAUUUGCAACUUGCAUGCACCUCCAACACAUGGCACGGACCUCGUUAGCACAAGCCAUGAUGGUUUCUUGGAUCCUCUGCAUCCCUGCAUCCCCGUUUCUUGCCGACGUUGACCGGCCAUGGGCGGCGGCGAGAUCGCCGGCCGCAUCAGGUCGGGCGUCCUCGAGCCCCUGGAGGACCGCUUCACGGAGAUUCUGAUCUGGUCGCUGCAAUGCUACGACGCGCAGGUCCGGAAGCGCCUCGUCCCGCUCCUUCGCCGGCACAGGAUGGCGCUGCUCACGGCGCCGGCGGUGGCCGCGCUGCUGCUGCUCUUCUGGUCCGCGGCGUACGGCGGCGCCCAGUUGCCGUACAAGGACCCCAGCCUGCCCGUGGAGGCCCGCGUCAAGGACCUCCUCGGCCGGAUGACGCUCGCCGAGAAGAUCGGGCAGAUGACGCAGAUCGAGCGCAAGGUCGCGUCGCCGCAGGUGCUCAAGGAUAACUUCAUCGGCAGCCUGCUCAGUGGCGGCGGGAGCGUGCCGCGGCUGCAGGCGACGGCGGCGGACUGGAUGAGCAUGAUCAGUGACUACCAGAAGGCGUGCCUGUCCACGCGGCUGGGCAUCCCGAUGAUCUACGGCAUCGACGCCGUCCACGGCCACAACAAUGUCUACGGCGCCACCAUCUUCCCCCACAAUGUCGCGCUCGGAGCCACCAGGGAUCCUGAUCUGGUGAAGAGGAUCGGAGCCGCGACCGCGCUGGAAGUGCGAGCCACCGGCAUCCAGUACGCGUUCGCGCCAUGCAUUGCGGUGUGCCGUGAUCCGAGAUGGGGCCGGUGCUACGAGAGCUACAGCGAGGACCACAAGAUCGUGCAGGCCAUGACAGAGCUCAUCCCGGGCCUUCAGGGCGACGUUCCGCAGAACUUCACCAGCGGCAUGCCCUACGUUGCCGGACAGAACAAGGUGGCAGCGUGUGCCAAGCACUUCGUCGGCGACGGCGGCACGCACGAUGGCAUCAACGAGAACAACACCAUCAUCGACCGGCCGGGCCUGAUGAGCAUCCACAUGCCCGCCUACCUGGACUCGCUCCGGAAGGGCGUCUCCACGGUCAUGAUCUCCUACUCCAGCUGGAAUGGCAUCAAGAUGCACGCGAACCACAACCUCAUCACCAACUUCCUCAAGGGCAGGCUCAACUUCAAGGUGAAUAAAAAUUGUAACUUCAAGGAGUCCAUUGGUCUCGACUACGUGGUCUUGAGAUUCUAUUUCUUUCGCUCUUUGCAGGGCUUCACGAUCUCAGAUUGGGAGGGUAUUGACAGGAUCACCAGCCCUGCAGGGGCAAACUACUCCUACUCUGUCCAAGCUGGAAUUCUUGCUGGCAUUGACAUGAUCAUGGUGCCUAACAACUACCAAAGCUUUAUCAGCAUCCUGACUGGCCACGUCAACAGCGGUGUAAUCCCGAUGAGCAGGAUCGACGACGCUGUCACAAGGAUCCUGCGCGUCAAGUUCACCAUGGGUUUGUUCGAGAACCCCAUGCCCGACGCCACCUUGGCCGACCAGCUGGGGAAGAAGGAGCACCGGGACCUGGCCAGGGAGGCGGUGCGGAAGUCGCUCGUGCUCCUCAAGAACGGCAAGCCAGGCGACGCGCCGCUGCUGCCGCUGCCGAAGAAGGCGGCCAAGAUCCUCGUCGCGGGCAGCCACGCCGACAACCUGGGCUACCAGUGCGGCGGGUGGACCAUCGAGUGGCAGGGCGACACGGGCCGCAUCACUGUCGGCACCACCAUCCUCGACUCCGUGAAAGCCGCCGUGGACCCGUCGACGGCGGUGGUGUUCGCGGAGAACCCCGACGCGGACUUCGUGAAGAACGGCGGCUUCUCGUACGCCAUCGUGGCCGUGGGCGAGCACCCGUACACGGAGACCCAGGGCGACAGCAUGAACCUGACGAUCCCGGACCCGGGGCCGAGCACCAUCCAGACGGUGUGCGGCGCGGUGCGGUGCGCGACCCUGCUCGUGACCGGCCGCCCCGUGGUGAUCCAGCCGUUCCUGGGCGCCACGGACGCGCUCGUCGCCGCCUGGCUGCCGGGCUCCGAGGGCCAGGGCGUCACCGACGUGCUGUUCGGCGACUACGGGUUCACCGGGAAGCUGCCGCGGACGUGGUUCAAGUCGGUGGACCAGCUGCCGAUGAACGUGGGCGACGCGCACUACGACCCGCUCUUCCCGCUGGGCUUCGGGCUCACCACAAAUGGCAAUGCGUACUAGGAGGGGAUUGGGUGGUGGUAGGGAUAGGAAAUUUGAAUUUUUAAACGGUGUUCUGGCGCGGGGACAUGAACCGGGAGUUCUUGGUUCCUUGGUCAUUUGUGUCGAUUAGUUUUGGUGCAUGCUCAGCUCACACUGUGGAGUAGCAUCCACUAGAUGAGCGAUCUCAUUCUUAUAUGAUAAUAUUGCUUUGAUCUUUGCUCAA